AUGGAUCUAUUCCCUACGUACUGGAGAAGUGGGCCUUGGGAUCAAUCAAAGUAUAUUGGUGUGAUACCGGGAACAAGGUAUAACUCUUACAGUUUUAACAAAAUUCCAGGUGACAAAGUUCUUACAUAUAUGGACAUAUCUUCAGAAGGAGUACUGAGGCAAAUGUUUUCAGAAAGUGGGAAGAACUGGUAUCUUGACUGGGAGUCAUGGAAAAACCCAUGCGAUAAUUAUGGCGCCUGUGGACCUUUUGGGGUUUGCAAAGCUUCUGACUCUCCAAUCUGCAAGUGUUUGAAAGGGUUUAUACCCAAGUCAAAUGAAGAAUGGAGCAAAAGAAACUGGACUGGAGGUUGUGUGAGACGAACAAAUUUGUCUUGUGAGACUAACACAAAUGAUUCAGUCUCAUCAAAAGGAAAAGAUGGGGUUUUGAAGUUGGAAAGAUUGAAAGUACCCGAUUUUCAUGAAUAUCUGAAUUCUGUGUCUUUAGACAAGCUCGAGGACUGCAAGAUACAGUGCCUGGAUGAAGAAAAGCCAAUAAAGUUAAUUGCCAGCCUUACAGCUAUUCGAUUUAUGAGUAUUUUAAUUGCAAUAGUCUUCAGUUUGCACAGGUGGCGUGCCAACCAAAGGCGAAAUGUCAAAUCAACAACACGGCGUUUGGAAUCAACUAGUUUUAUUAAGAUUUAUAAAGACGGUUUUCGAGAAUAUAUAGGACAACAUGAUUCCUCGGAGCUAAAGAUAUAUGAUUUUGAUAGCAUAUCGAUCGCCAUGGACAACUUCAGCAUAACAAACAAACUCGGUCAAGGCGGCUUUGGCCCAGUUUAUAAGGGGAUGCUACUGGAAGGGAAGGAAAUAGCAGUAAAAAUACUAUCUAGUAGCUCAAGACAAGGAGUUGAAGAGUUCAAGAAUGAGAUGUUGUUGAUCUCCAGUCUUCAACACAAAAACCUUGUUAGGAUGAUGGGUUGCUGUGUUAAAGAGAAUGAGAAGUUACUGAUCUACGAGUUUAUGUCAAACAAAAGCUUGGAUACUUUUCUAUAUGAUUCGACGAAGAGAGCAAUGCUUGAUUGGGCUUCACGCUUUAAUAUUAUCCAGGGUGUUGCUAGAGGGCUUCUUUAUCUUCAUCAUGAUUCCUAUGUGAAGGUGAUACAUAGAGAUUUAAAAGUUAGUAACAUUCUCUUAGAUGAGAAAAUGAAUCCAAAAAUCUCAGAUUUUGGAUUGGCACGCAUAGUUGAAGAAACACAGAGUCUAGAAAAUACUCAGAAGGUUGUUGGAACACGGUGA